UGGUAGUCUUAUACGUAUACAAUCCGAAAGAUACUAAGCAAAGGUAAUUAAGUGUCUUCUUCCUCCAUCUAAUUCAUAUCCUAGUAGUGAAUUGAAUCCCAUCAUCUCAAAUGUUCAGUGGCAGCUCUGAGCUUCCCCAGAACUCCCUUCAAAUAAAGCAAGAUGACAAGUUCUUCUCCAGGCUUUUAUCCAAAGAAAGCUCAAGGGCAAACCCUUCUCUCAGAGUGUAUUAUGGAGGAGCAUCCGGUUCUGUUCCAUUUAUGUGGGAAUCUCGACCUGGUACCCCUAAACAUGCAAUUUCCGACACUGCCCUUCCCCCUCUUACUCCACCUCCCGCCUAUCAUAGCAAUUUCAAGAAGAAACCCAUCAAGAACCACUCAAGAUCCACUCUCCUCCGCGCCUUAUUCCUAAAAAUCAGUCCCAAAAAGACACAUAAUGUGUCACCUUACCCCUCCGCAUCAUCAUCAGAUUCAUCUCGUGCCAAGUAUCACGAAAGGAGGCGAUUUUUUAGCCAGAGCAGCUCAUCCUUCGAUUCCAGGGAAGAUGAUGAUGAAGGAGAGACCGUUGGGUCACCAACUUCAACAUUGUGUUUUGGCAGUGCAGGUGGGAGGGUGGCCAGGGGUGCCGGCGGUCGAGGCUGCUGCCGGCUUUGAGAAUGAAGAAAAUAAUUGAAAAAGUUAGGCAAUGGAUGGAUCUAGGUAUACUGCAAUAUGCCUAUAGAUCAUUAUUUCAUUUCCCAUAUUUCUAUCAUGAUUAAGCUUUAGGCUGUUUAAGUUGUUCUGUUGUAGUGUUACCUGCAGUAAACUUUUGAUCUGAAGUACUAAACUUUCUGAAAUGUAUGGUGGUAUAUAUAAGUUUGUUUAUCCAAAAAAAAAAAAGAAAGACACGAGUUGGCUUUCAAGUUGUAUCAA